UUGUUGGAAGCGUUUAUUAGCCAAACCAGUUGUACAUGAUUGCUCCUUGCGUGCGGUUGUGCGUAGAAUUAUAUUUUAUAUAUACUCUGUUUAGUGCAAAAUUAUGGUUAAAAUUCACAAUUUCGGCGCCGGUCCGGCUAAAUUACCUGAAGAAGUAUACGAAAUAAUUAAGAAUGAAUUAACAAACUUUGACGGCUCAGGAAUCAGUUUAUUGGAAACAAGCCACCGAACUGCAACUUACAAAAAUCUGAACACAGAAAUCCAGAAUGUUGUAAGACGAUUACUAAAUGUGCCAGCAAAUUACAAGAUUAUUUUCCUUUCUGGUGGUGGACAAGGACAAUUUGCUGGGGUUCCUCUGAACUUGAUAUCUAGAACAGGCACUGCCGAUUAUGUUGUUACAGGGGCCUGGUCGGCUAAAGCAGCGAAGGAAGCGAAGAAAUAUGGCAAGGUGAACUUGGUGCUGCCUCCUACGGACCGCUACACUGAGGUCCCGGAUCAGAGCAAGUGGAAUUUAGAUCCCAACGCUUCAUACGUCCACAUUUGCACCAAUGAGACCAUUCAUGGUGUGGAGUUUGACUUCAUUCCGGACACCAAGGGAGUGCCACUAGUAGCUGACAUGUCUUCCAACUUCAUGUCAAAGAAAAUCGAUGUCUCUAAGUUCGGUGUGAUCUACGGCGGCGCUCAGAAGAACAUCGGCACGGCGGGCGUGGCGCUCGUCAUCAUCAGAGAGGACUUGCUCAACCAUGCGCUGCCAAUCUGCCCGUCUAUAUUGGACUGGACCGUCAACUACAAGGCUGAUUCUAUACUUAAUACGCCGCCUAUGUUUGCCAUCUACAUAAUGGGCCGUGUUCUCCAAUGGAUCGAGAGGCAAGGCGGGUUAGACGCGAUGGAGGCAGCUGCAACCAAGAAGUCUUCGCUCAUCUACGACAUAAUCGACCAAUCCAACGGCUUCUACUACGCACCAGUCGCGAAGAACGUUCGAAGCAAGAUGAAUAUCCCCUUCAGAAUUGGCUCCGCGACAGGCAAUGAUGAGCUGGAGAAGGAGUUCUUAAAGGGAGCUGAGGCUUUGGGGCUGAUUCAGCUUAAAGGACACAGAGACGUCGGCGGCAUCCGCGCGUCCACGUACAACGCAGUGACCCUACAGGAGGUCCAAGCUUUGGCCGUCUACAUGAAAGACUUCCUCAAGAAGCAUGCCAAGUAAUCACCAACUCAAAUACUAAUAUAUUUUUUAUAUAAAACGUAUCAUCAUUAUUAUUAUGUAAGUGCCUUAUUCUCGGCUGUGUAAAUGUAUUCCAUUGUUUUUGGAAGUAAAUUGUUUUUUCACUA